GACGUGUGACGCACGCCCCACCCCCUCUACGUCCUUCAUCAUUGUUCAGCUUGAGCUAGCUAAUGAGAGGCUAGCCUAACCUACAAAUAGGUUUUAACUUUUCAUGCAUACAUACAAGGCCGUUUAAGUUUAAAACGGACAUUUGAGAACUUGCCAAAGCAACAAUGAGCAAGAGGAAAGCGCCACAGGAAUCCCUAAAUGAGGGAAUAACAGACUUUCUUGUCGAGCUGGCCAAUUACGAGAAAAACGUCAACAGGGCGAUACACAAGUACAAUGCUUACAGGAAAGCAGCAUCUACCAUCUCCAAGUACCCUAACAAAAUCAAAAGUGGCGAAGAGGCCAAGAAACUGGAUGGUGUUGGAGCUAAAAUAGCUGAAAAGAUUGAUGAGUUCCUGCAAACUGGCAAACUACGGAAACUGGAAAAGAUCCGUAACGAUGACACCAGCUCAUCCAUCAAUUUCCUUACCAGAGUCACUGGAAUUGGCCCUGCUGCCGCCAGGAAGUUUUUUGAAGAAGGGGUGAAGACGUUAGAAGAUUUGAAAAAGAUUGAGCACAAGCUAAACCAUCAUCAACAGAUUGGACUCAAGUACUUUGAGGAAUUUGAGAAAAGGAUUCCACGUGCUGAAAUGGAACGGAUGGAGACUCUUAUUCUUGGAGAGUUGAAGGAGAUCGAUACAGAAUAUAUUGGGACAAUCUGUGGAAGCUACAGGAGAGGUGCAGCAUCGAGUGGUGAUAUUGAUAUUUUGCUGACCCACCCAGACUACACCUCUCAGACUCAGAAGCAGCCCAAGCUCCUCCAUGCCGUCGUCGAGCAUUUGGAGUCUAUUGGGUUUGUGACCGACACCCUGUCUAAAGGAGACACCAAGUUCAUGGGAGUCUGCCAGCUGCAACCGAGUGAUGAAGAUGAGGAAGAAUACCUUCACAGGCGUAUUGAUAUUAGGUUAAUUCCCAAGGACCAGUACUACUGUGGAGUUCUGUAUUUCACUGGAAGUGAUAUCUUCAAUAAAAACAUGAGAACUCAUGCUCUGGAGAAGGGCUUCACUCUCAAUGAGUACACCAUUCGGCCAGUUGGGGUCACUGGUGUGGCAGGCGAGCCUCUGUUGGUGGAUAGUGAGAGAGACAUCUUUGAAUACAUUCACUACAAAUACAGAGAGCCAAAGGACCGCAGCGAGUGAAGUAAAGAACAGCGUACAGUUACAUGUGUAUUUGACGCUACAGCUUUCCUGCAAACGAGAAGCAUGUGUACCAAUUUGUGUGUUAGUAUUCUAUUCAGCAAUGUUAUUGAAAAGAACUGUGAAAGUCAUUUUAAUUUUUUUACUUGUCUUAAAUUGAAACCAUCCCCUUUAAUGACAUUUAACCUAAAAUGUCAUGCUCUGCACAACAAAAUUAUUUUUUUUGUAUCUUCGGUUUAAUUCUCCAUGGUGUAUCUCUGUGAAGGCUUUUGGGCUCCAUAUUUAAGCAAGUUUUUAAAUCAUGUUUAAAAACUUAACUAAUUUAUUUUUUGACCACACUUUUUCAUGUUAAGCAUUAUACCAUAAUCUAAGAGGAACUCAAAGAACUAGCUUCUGUUACAGUUGUUCGUCCAUCAUGAAUAAUGAGGACCACUUUCAUCAAUGCAUUCUGCCUUGACAGUAGUGCCCUUUAACUCUUUGGCUGAGUUGUGCAAAGUGUUUUAAUGUAAAAUUGUUACACAUUCAGACAGCACAGCUGUAUUGCUUUAUGUUAGUAGUUUAAAAAAAAUCAUUCACCAUGGACAUUUAAGAGUAUGCGUUUUUAAACUUAUAGUAUUUCUCUAAGUUGGGUAAACUAAUUAUUUGGAAAGAAGAAAUGCAAUGAGGCUAAUUUGGCACAAAAAGAUCAUUGAUUUGUUGCGAUAAAUGAGAAACAUUUUCUCAGUUGUUAGUUGAUGUGUGAAUAUAUGACUGUUACACUGGUAGACUUGAAUAAUCUUUUAUAUUUGGUUGUGUGAAAAUGAUAAUGCGUGUUAAGUCAGGACAUAAUUGUAUCUUCUGUGCUUUUUAGGGUGGCAUUUUGAAAGCAGUAUAUUAAAGAAAUUGGUAACUGAAAUAUUGCUACAGUGUACCCGGGAGACAGAUUUUAAUCUGUAACACACAAUUUGAAGAUUAAGAUUUGGAUUCAGUUUUGUAUGUGGAUGAUUGCAAACAUUUCUGAAAAUAUAAAAAAAAAAAAAAAUGGAAAACUGUGUGUUUUUGAAUAUCCAACUGUUAACUUUGAGUAUAAAGGAGUAAAAUAAAUGGAUAAAGAAA